UCAAAAUCAGCGUUGAAAAAAGAUUAAUCAACAAAACAAUGUGAAACAAAACCGCCCCUGAAUAAUACAUUAUUUUUACACACUUGUUCUAAACAAAAAGAUAAGUCCUAUUUUCGGCCAAACUAAUUUCCCAACGAUGAAAACUCCAUCACUAUUUAUCCUCCAAUUCAUCUUCUUCUUCUUCAUCGGUACUAUCAUGGCACAAAAUUUUUCAGACAGCACAGAAGGGAUACCGUCACAGGAUUCCAUCAGCAAUUUCCAGCCAAGUUUAGCAGUUGUGAUUGGUAUGCUCUCCAUCAUGUUUUCCGUCACAUUCAUCCUUCUUCUCUACGCCAAAUUCUGCCACCGCACAUCCUCCUCCGUCCACACCACAAACGGCGGCCGCCUGAUUAUUCGUGAUGGUCUUCUCCGGUCAACCUCAACAGCAUCCGGCGUCGACAAGACCGUGGUCGAAUCUCUCCCUUUCUUCAGAUUCAGUUCCCUGAAGGGGUCCCGACAAGGCCUCGAGUGCUCCGUUUGUCUCGCCAAAUUCGAAGAUGUCGAGAUUCUGAGACUGCUGCCCAAAUGCAAACACGCUUUCCACAUCGACUGCAUUGACCGGUGGCUCGAAAAGCAUUCCACUUGCCCACUCUGCAGGCGCCGCGUCAGCGCGGACGACCUCUCGCAGGAGCUGCCGUAUUCCGAUAGUUUGAGGUUUUUGUCGGAGCAUCAUCAGUUGAGUAUGAGGGAGGAAUCCAAUCUCGAGCUGUAUGUUCAGAGAGAGGAGAAUUCCAACAACAGUAAUAGUAAUAGUUAUAGUAAUAGUAAUAAUAAUAAUGGAUCUUCAUCAAGAUUCAGUAUUAUUGGGAGCAGCUUCAGAAAAGCAAAUAAGGAAGAGGGAUUGCCAAUAAAAGAAGACGAAAGCAAAUUAUUGACGGGUUCUUGUUCGGAAUUAGAUGAUGGUAAUGAGUCUGCAGAACUUCAUAGAUUCAAUCACAAGAUUAACUAUGUUAAUUACGUCUCUAAUCAUAAUCAUGAAGCCGUGGUCCUUAAGAGCCGGUGGAGCAACGUCAGCUCGUCGGAUCUCUUGUUCCUCAAUUCGGAGAUGAUUAAUGAUGUUUCGAGUGCGAGGUUUUCUCCUGAGGAAACGAAAUCGGUGGAUUUAAUAAUCAAUACCGAUCAAAACGACGAUCACAAGAAGAAGAUGACGAUGAUGGUUAUCAAACAAGAGAUGGAGAGGAAAAGAGCUUUUGAGAGCAAGAUGCUUAUUAGUGGAAUAACAAUCGAGAAAAAUAAUAAUGACGAUGAGGGUCGUCGCGUUAAUUUUCCUGUCGCGUUUCCGACAACAAGUUCAAGUUCAAGUUCAAAAGCACUGAAUCCGAAUAAUGAGAAGAGAUCGAUGUCCGAGAUCGUAGUUCAUCCAAGAUUCAUUAAUAAUAAUAAUGAUAAUGGAGAUUCGAUUAGUGAUGUGAAGGAGGAAAGAAUGAGAAGGCUUUGGCUACCAAUUGCAAGAAAAACAGUCAAAUGGUUUGCUAAUAGAGAAGCAAUUACACCUCUUCCAAAACCUUCAAACCUCCACAAUUUACAUGUUUAGUAUCUAAUAAUUACCUCCCAUCAAAUUAUUUAUUUCAGAUUUUAAUUUUUUUUUUUUUUUAAUCUUUAACUUGGUAUAUUCAAAUUUUACAGAUUCAAAUAUUUUUAAGAGAUACCAGAUACCAGAAAUAUACUUCCACAGUUUUGUACAUGUGUGUUUAGAUCAAUACAAUACCUUGUUCCCUUUAUUUAUUUGUUUGGACAAUACUAUUGAUUUUGAUUCUUUUAAUAAUUCAUACACAUGUGAGAUGUGAUCGGUACGGAAAUAAUAUUUUGAAUUUAAUUU